AUGUCUUUUGGAAAGCUUUACUGGUACCCCAAGGCGCCUCGCGCCACCCAGUGUCUCUACAUCGCAGAGUACAACAAGCUCGAUAUUGAGUUUGUCGAGGCAUGGCCGAUCAAAGUGGACGCUAGCAAGGGCGGUGUUGGCGAAGAUUACCUCUCAAAGUUCCCUCCGGGCAAGGUGCCUGCCCUCGAGCGCCCCAACGGCUUCACAUUGUUCGAGUGCAUUCCAGUUUCCAUCUACCUCGCAAAGCAGGACCCCAAGACCAGAUUGCUCGGCUCCACCCUCGAAGAGGAGGCCACGAUCCUGAAGUGGGCCUCAUUUGCGAACAGCGAGCUUCUGCCUCCCAUCAUGGCGUGGAUUAACCCGGUCAUCGGCAAGGCGCCUUCAUCACCAGAGAUUCUCGCUGCGGCCGAGAAGAAUAGCGAGGGCAUGGUCAGUGUGGUGGAGAAGGCGUUGACGGGCAAGAAGUUCCUUGUUGGCGACGAGCUCACGAUAGCCGAUCUAUUCAUGAUUGCUGCCAUUGCUAGAGGAUACCAGUUUGUGUUUGCCAAGGAGUGGACAGAAAAGCACCCCGCUAUUCACGCGUGGUACUGGCGCAUCAAGAGCGAUGACAUCUGGAAGAAGAUUGACGGCGAGCCGUACGUGCUGGACGUGCCCGGAGGCAAGCCGAUCUGAAGGUGGACAAAACGCACCAGACAUGACAAACUGUGGAGAGUCAAGCAUGGCAAUCAACGCGAUAUCCGAGGGGCAGCGAGGGGCAGAGGAAAAUAGAAAGACGCGUCUGAAGGGGGGCCCGGAGCUGGUGAAGCGGGGAGUUCUCCGCUUCCGAGAAAUAGCGGGG